CGCCCAUCUAGCUGCAAAUGAAUCUCCCGGCUCGUUCGCCUGCAUGCUCGCCCGUCUGGCACCUACAAUGCCACCCGCCUGCCGACUACCCGCCUGCCUGAUCACCACUCUGCUUCAUUGUCUGCCAACUCGGUCAUAUGUGUACCUGCAUAUCUGCGUGUGCACGUCUCCGCCUGCGCUCUCACUAAGCCACUCACACGGCGUCGAAGAAGGUGCAGAUGUCAUAGAGCAGUGUUCACAUACUCUACGUGGCUUGUAGAUUUUUCAGCAAUAUAAAGGCACUUUUUUCACUGAUUGAACGAGGGUGGGGGGGUGGUCUGGAGG